CCUGUUGGCGCUGCACAGGGAAGAAGCCGUAGAAGAAGAAUCGGCAUUGUAAACACAGGGGAUAUGGCUGACGAGGGAGGCGGAGGCGAAGAUAACGUUAACAACAACAUGGGGAACCACCUGCAGCUUCUAGCAGACAACGAGGAAGAAGAGGAGGAAGAUAACAUGGAGACUGAGGACCGAGACAGCGACGAGGCGGAAAAGCCCAACGUGAUCACCUUUGACCCCAGUCUUCCCACAUCUCAUGCUUACCUGGGUUCAGACAUGGAGGAGUUUCACGGGCGCACAGUGCAUGAUGACGACAGCUGCCAGACCAUCCCUGUGCUGCCUCACACAGCCGUGAUGCUGGUACCGGGUCAGACGCUGCCCCUGCAGCUCUUCAGGCCGCAGGAAGUCAGCAUGAUGCGUAGCGUUAUUCAGAAGGACCGGACCUUUGCUGUGCUUGCUCACAGUGAUGCAGCAGAACCGGAGGCUGAAUUUGGAACGACGGCGGAGAUAUACGCAUACAGGGAGGAGCAGGAGUAUGGCAUUGAAACUGUGAAAGUGAAAGCUGUUGGGAGGCAGAGAUUUAAGGUCCAUGAGAUAAGAACUCAAGCAGACGGAAUCAAACAAGCCAAAGUGCAGAUCCUCCCAGAACGAAUCCUGCCAGACCCACUCUCUGUCGUGCAACUGACGUCCUUGUCCAGGGUCCACAUGUCCCCCGCCUCCAAACUCCGAGCUAAGAGCUGUAAACAGGCUCAGCAUUGGUUGAAUCAGCAGAGAAAGUUUCACAGUGCCAGCCUGACUCCAUGGCCACCCUGGGUGUACUCCCUCUAUGACUCUGAGUCCCUCAUGAACAGAGUGAAAAAACAGCUCCACGAAUGGGAUGAGAAUCUAAAAGAUGAUUCGCUCCCGACAAACGCCGUAGACUUCUCCUACAGGGUGGCUGCCUGUCUGCCCAUAGAUGACGCUCUGCGGCUCCAGCUGCUCAAGAUUGGCAGCGCCAUCCAGAGACUCCGCUGCGAGCUGGACAUCAUGGACCGGGUAAGCUAAGUUCACC